AUCCGCACAAAUUCAGAGCGUCAACUCCUCCACAAACAGCGUCUGUGCUCACACUGUCGGCGUGUUUCAGAGCCACAGGGAACCAUAAAACCAGAGCGACGAGGGUCGAGUGGCGAACCGACUUAGUGCAAAACAGGAAAAGGAAACGCCACAAGAGGCUGAAACCUUCCUCAGCAUCAGCAGCUGAAAGGAGCACGAAGGGAGAAUCAUGAAAAAGUCAAAGCAGGUGGGGAAUGAGAAUGAGCCUCCCAGCUACCAGGAAGCAACUGCAGGUUAUCCUGAGAUGGAGGCCCAGUUUGCCUGGGAUGAUAAGACCAUCAGGAGGACUUUCAUCAGAAAGGUUUACGCCAUCCUCAUGCUCCAGCUGUCUGUGACUGUCGGGAUUGUUUGUCUCUUCACGUUUUGCGCACCCGUGAGGUUUUACAUUCAGACUAACCCCAGCUUGUACAUGGCGUCUUACAUUAUGUUUUUUGCGACCUACAUUGCUCUGUCCUGCUGCGGAGAUCUGAGGAGGCAGUUCCCCUGGAACAUUACUCUUUUAGUUCUUUUUACUCUGAGCAUGGCCUUCAUGAUGGGCUUUGUUUCAAGCUUUUACAACACCAAGUCAGUGAUGCUGUGUCUGGGAAUCACAGCUCUGGUGUGUCUGUCCGUCACUGUGUUCAGCUUCCAGAGCAAGAUUGACGUAACGUCCUGCCAGGGCGUGCUGUUCUCUCUGUGCAUGGUCAUGCUGCUCUGUGCCAUUACCAUCUCCAUCGUCGUCCCCUUCGGAUAUGUUCCCUGGUUACAUGCCAUCUAUGCAGUGAUAGGAGCCAUCCUCUUCACCCUGUUUUUAGCUUUUGACACACAGCUGCUCCUAGGAAACAAGCGCUACGCCAUCAGUCCAGAGGAAUACAUUUUUGCCACACUCAGCCUCUACCUGGACAUCAUCUACCUGUUCAGCUUCCUGCUGCAGCUCACGGGAACCGGCCGGGAUUGAAGCGUGUGGCGCUGAAAACCUCCAAAACCAGCUCAGAGUCCAUUCCCAGCAGUAGAAUAACAAAUCGGGGAUAUCUGAAUCCUCGGAUCAGGUUCCUGAUCAGUCUAUUGCUUCUUCAUGUAGCCCCAGUGUUGCCACCCUGCUGCUGGUUCAUACUGUAAGACGUGCAUCACCUGAAGGAAGUGGUUUAUAUUUGUUCAGUGCUCUCUGACCCUCCAUGUUUAAAUGUUCGGGAUUCGUUGUGUGGGUUUUCUGUAUUGACUGCAGUCCUACAGUAAAUGCGUAAGCACUCACAAUCAGAGCGAUCAGCACCGACUCACUGGCUCCAUUUCCAUUUAAACACCACUAAGCCAGUGGCUGAGAUUCAGCAAAUCUGCUCUGAUGCACCGCUCUUUUGGAUCCAGCUAAUUUUAUUCAACAACUUAUUUUGAAAGGAGUAUGUAGAUGACCUUUUGUACCUGUAUUAGCAUUAAAAAAUCAUUUUAGAUGCCGUGGCUCUGUAUUUUGUGUACUGUACGUGUGUAACCGAUUCCUGAUGAACACUGUUAAUUUAUGGAUGAGAUUUGAUCGACUUGAGUAUUUUACCUGAGAAAUGAGCAAACUUCAACCACAAGGGAAAAUGUGUGUGUAGCAUGUUACAGUGCUUUUAACUGGUAAGAGCUGUCUAAAUAUAAAUUAUGAAUUAAUGUUAAAUGUGGCCUUUUAGAUGUAAUAGAAAUAUUUUUUCUUCUCAGAUUAAUGACCUGUGUAAGAAUGAGGAAGGUUUAGUGAAUAAAAACGAGGAAUGCAACUAUUUUUUAUUUUUACAAACUAAAAGCUAUGUGUACAUGCUCUGACUCUACUAAAAACUGACUCAUGACAUACAUUGUAUGGUUUGUGUGAACAAUAAAAAAGUGAAAACCAAAGCA